AUGUGUUCUCCAUCUCCUUCACAAUACACUCUUGCUGUUAUGUAUGGUUACCCGUUAUGCAAGAUUGCUUUUUGUAGCAACCGUAAUGCUUCAUGGGUCGAACUCUUUGAUGCGAAACGAUGUUAUUACGACAUUGUGUUUGAUAACAAUAUGCUCUAUGCUUUGGCUGAUGAUUGUUCUAUUGAAGGGUGGGAUUUUAGUCAAAAAGUUCCACAAAAGAUUUUGUUUGUCAAAUACCCUAUCAUGGAGAAAGAUAAGGAAGAAGAAACAAAAUUUCCAUGUGAUAAAUUUUCUAGUCAAUUAUAUUUAGUGAUAGCUAAAGGAGAAUUUUUAUUGGUAGAAAGGUUUAUUGGAAAUUUUGUGAAUGGUGAUGGUGAAGUAGUUUAUGAAGGAAGCAAUUUAUCAUAUGAAGGUUAUGAAAUUUGUCCUUAUAGAACAAAGCAUUUUAGUGUGUAUAAACUUGACUUUGUGAAGAAAAGGUGGGAAAAGAUUAAGAGUUUAGAUGGUGGAGCUAUAUUUGUAGGUGCCAAUGAGUCUAAGUUUGUGACUGCAAAUUCAGGAUGCGAAGGAAAUUCAAUUUAUUUCAGUGAUGAUAGGUGGGAAGAGAUGAAUUUGGAUUAUUCAUAUGGUGGACAUGAUUGGGGGAUUUUCAAUCUUCAAAAUUCAAGUGUUAAGUUCUUAGCUCCGGAUGCAAAUAAGAUGGAUCCACCACCUAUUUGGAUGGUUCCAAAUUCAAAUUAA